AUGACUUCAAUAAUUAAAUUACAUUGCUUAUCUGGUGCUGGUGAGGAAACUCCUCCGUGCUAUGUGCUCCAAAUAGAUGAAUUCAAAUUCCUCCUGGAUUGCGGAUGGGACGAGAAAUUCGAUAUGGUUUUCAUUAAAGAACUUAAAAGACAUGUAAACACAAUAGAUGCUGUACUAAUAUCACACUCGGAUCCUCUACAUUUAGGAGCUCUUCCAUAUGCAGUUGGAAAACUCGGUCUUAGCUGUCCUAUAUAUGCAACUCUACCGGUAUACAAAAUGGGGCAGAUGUUCAUGUACGAUUUAUACCAAGCCCAUAAGAAUGUUUCCGAGUUCGAUUUGUUCACACUGGAUGAUGUUGAUAUGGCUUUUGACAGAAUCGUACAGUUGAAGUACAAUCAGAGCAUUGAAAUGAAAGGAAAAGGUCUAGGUCUCCGCAUUACACCACUCCCAGCUGGCCAUUCCCUCGGUGGAACAAUAUGGCGCAUAUCCGCCCCUGGCGAGGAAGAUAUUGUCUACGCGCCUGACUUCAACCACAAGAAAGAGAGACAUCUGAAUGGAUGUGACAUCGAAAGACUGAUGAGACCCUCUUUGAUGCUGUUGGGAGCUAUGAAUGCUGAUUACGUGCAACAGAGGAGAAGACUGAGAGAUGAAAAAUUGAUGACAACAAUUCUUACAACGCUGCGAGGAGGCGGCUGCGUUUUGGUAUGCACAGACACAGCCGGUCGAGUUCUAGAAUUGGCCCACAUGCUGGACCAACUGUGGAGAAACAAGGAUUCCGGGCUUGUGGCCUAUUCGUUACUUCUCCUGUCCAACGUCAGUUACAAUGUCGUAGAGUUCGCUAAAUCUCAGAUAGAGUGGAUGAGCGACAAACUGACGAGGGCGUUUGAAGGGGCUCGCAGUAAUCCCUUUGCUUUGAGACACGUGCAGCUGUGCCACUCGGCCGGUGACGUCACCAGGACCCCGGGACCCAAGGUCGUCCUAGCCUCGUUCCCGGACCUGGAGGCGGGCUUCGCCAGAGACCUGUUCCUCCAGUGGGCCCCACAUUCCCACAACUCGAUCGUGCUGACGGCCAGAACAUCCCCCGGCACACUGGCAAGAGAUCUGAUAGACAACGGGGGGGACCGCGUCAUCGAGAUGGUGGUUCGACGUAGGGUGAAGCUGGAAGGCGCCGAACUGGAGGAGUUCUUGCAGCAGCAGAGAAUGAACGUCACCAAUACCGUGAGGGAGGAGGUGGCUGGCAUCUCGUCGGACUCUGACUCCGAGGACGAGCUGGAGAUGUGCGUGGUGACCGGGAGACACGACAUUCCCGUGCGCCUGGAGACCAGGCUGGGCGGCUGCUUCAAGUCCAACAAGCGGCACCACGCCAUCUACCCCUUCCACGAGGAGCGGACCAGGGCUGAUGACUACGGAGAGAUCAUUAAGCCAGAAGAUUACAGACUUGCCGAGAUAGUGGACGCCGAAGGGGAGAUCCGGGACGUGCCCCCCACUGCCCCCAUCAAACAGGAACAAGAUGAGGAAAUGUCGGAGGUCCCGAGCAAGUGCGUGUCCUCGGUGCGGCAGGUACACGUCAAGGCGCACGUGGAGUACAUCGAGCUGGAGGGGCGCUGCGACGGGGAAUCUCUGCUCAGGGUCGUGUCGCAGACCAAGCCCUGGGCCGUGGUGGGGCUCCGGGCCAGCGAGGCGGCGCUGCACACCCUCAAAAAACAUUGUGAAUCUGAAGGAAUCGAGAAGGUGUUCCUACCGUCCGUCGGGGAAACCGUCGACGCCACGACAGAGUCACACAUCUAUCAGGUGAAACUGACGGACGGGCUGAUGCGGGGCCUGGUGUGGCGGCAGGCCGGGGACGCCGAGCUGGCCUGGCUGUCCGCCGUCGUGGCGCCGCGCACGCACGCCCGGGAGAGCGACGCCGCCCCCGAGGAGGGCGGCGGCGCGGUGUCGCUGGAGGCGGGUGCGGGACGGCCGCGCGCCGCCGCGUUCGUGAACACGGUGCGGCUGCACGAGCUGCGCGCCGCCCUCGCCCGCGCCGGCCUGCAGCCCGACCUCGGCGCCGGCACGCUCACCUGCUGCUCCGGGACGCUCGCCGUGCGCAGGAUGGAAAACGGCCAAGUUUCUCUAGAAGGAGUCCUGUCUGAAGAAUAUUACAAAGUGCGAGAACUCUUGUACGAACAAUUCGCUAUAGUCUGAAUAUAUAGUAUAAAUCAAUUUUAAUGUCACAUACAUUUAUUUUGUAAAUAAAACAAUUUAGCAAAUAAUUUUCACUC